UAAUUGACAACAAAAAAUACCAUAACAUCACAAGCAUGGUACGUGUUAUAACUCAGGAAACUUACGAUGAAGUUGUGAAGGAAAAUAUGGAAGAAUUCGAAAUGAGUCCUCAAGAAGCUAUAAAUGAAGCAAUUGCACAAUUUGAAGCACAAGGUGUAGACCUCUCCAAUAUUAUCAAAGACCUGUUUUUAAGCUCUGAAGAAGAUCAUUUGGUCACCACAACAGUUUCAAAGCUAAAGGAACUUAACAGCAGAGAUUACGAUUGUGAAGAAUUGUUUAAAUAUUUGGAUGUUUUGAAGACAGAAUGCACUAAAGAUAUAGCCAGAAGAGUAAGAGCCGGUAAAGAUGGUGCUUAUAAAGUUUUAAUAGAUUUACUACAGAGCAAGCAAGAGGUUUUCGCUCAAGAACUAAGUGAUAAAGAUGCUAAAUUUAUAAUUAAUGUACUAAACACAUUGAUAGCAUUAAUGGACACGCAACCAGAUUUGCUUGACGCAAAAGGCAUUGACUUGAUAAAAACAAUUUUAGAUAAUGUAGAGAAUGAUGACAUUCUUGUAGGAACAUUGAAAUGGGCGUCCACUUGUUGUAUCAAACACGAAAUGAACAGACAGCGGUUGUUCGCUAAAAACAUCACAGAAAACCUAAAAUUACUUAUAAAGGUCGCCGGCAAUGAAAAGCUCCUGAGCGAAACUCUUCAAUUAAUCCGAAAGCUGACUUUAGACGAUGACGUUAGAGUUGAAUUCGGUAAAGCACACGAUCACGCCAAGGAACUGGGGGCACAGAUGCUGGAGCCUCUCACUAAUCUGUUAAAAGAGAAGACGAAGCCUCCGCUGGCGCCGGAGCUGAUGCUGACGAUGGCGAGCCUGCUGGUGCGGCACGAGCUGUGCAAGCUGGUGGCGGACUGCGGGCCCGGCGUGCUGUUCUCAGUGCUGGCCGACAACUACGAGAGCGCCGCCGUCGUCCAGCAGGCCUGCAAGCUAAUAACAGCCUUAGCCGGUCACGACGACGUGAAAAGAGAUUUGGUCCGAAGUGGUAUAGCUCCGGUGUUAGUCACGUUGCUGUCUAGACACGCGAACAACGCGACCGCUUGUGCCUUGAUACUGAGGUCCGUGGCGGCGCUGACGCUGCGCGAGCCGGCGCACAGCGAGCACUUCCUGGCCAGCGGAGCGCCCGAGGCCAUCGUGCACUGCAUGAAGCUACACCCGCGCAACGCCGCCGUGCAGAAGAACGCGUGCUGGGCGAUACGGAACAUCGUGGCGCGGUGUCGCGAGCAAAACGUGAAGUUCCUCGAACUGGGGGCCGAAGCCCUACUGAACUCGUCCCACGAGCUCUUCGGAAACGAAUUCGGGUUCGACAUCAGGUCCGCGCUACGGGACCUCGGCUGUGACGUCACACUCGACGAGCAGUGGCACGGCAAGGGAGUGCAGAUAGAGAAAUAACGAGUGAAAUGUAUAACACAAAAAUGGAAUUGUUUUUUUUUUAUGGAAAAUAUUUAAUUUGACAGCGAGAGGGUAGUAGGGAAAAAAUUUUAAAAUAAUACAUUUGCGUUUUAGGUAUCACUGUCAAUUUGUUGAUAACGUGCCUAGUCUGAUAUUCUAUUCUAAAAUAUAUUAAUAAAAAAAGUAAUUGUUAACGUUAAUAAUAACGUGCGUGGCAUCCUUAAUACUCACUAAAACGUAUAUACGAACUCAAAACUAAUUAAAUUUUAUAAAUUACCGUAAUUAUUUACCCUGUUUCUGCCACGUUAAGGUUUGGGGUGUGUCACAGAUUAUACAACACAAUUGAGGUUUCUUCAUCUCAAAAUGGCGGACUGUAUUCACGCAACAGAAUUGUGAGGUCAUGUAAGCAAAGGAAACGCUUAUAAGCAAUCGAAGUUAAACUUCUUUAGAAAAAGAGGGAGUAAAUAUUUUUGUCAUUAACCACAUGUUAGUUUUGAAAUUUUUCAAUUUACUCAUCGCGUCUAAAGAAGUUCAACUUCAACAAUUGCUAAUAAAUGUCUAUGGAAAGCACGUUUU